UGUGCAGCAGUGGGCGGAAUCAUUUGGUCGGCAGAUUGCUGAACUGUCCAGUAGAUACUCCGGAGCAAAACUGCUACAAAAGAAAUACAAAGACAUGGAGAGUGUUUUGACAAUAGAGGAGGUGGAUGGUGCAGAAUUGGUGAAGAACUUUGCUGAAGAGAUGGAGGAGAUGCUGGGGAGGAAGAUGAAAUCUGUCAAGAGGUUAGCAGAAUCAGCAGAGGACGCUGAUCUUUACCAUGAGCACAACGAAACACUGGAGUUUGACUACUUUAACUCCAUGCUGAUCAACACGGUGGAUGCGGAGGGGAACGCAGUGCCGCUGGGAGGAGAGUUUUCUCUAGAAGAGAAUGAACACUUCAACAAGAUUCCAGUCAACACACAAAUAAGUGACAUACAGGUCCCCACUAAUGUCUAUAAUAAAGACCCAGGCAUUCUGAAUGGAGUAUACAUGUCUGAAGCUCUGAACGACGUGUUCAUUGAUAACUUCCAGAAGGAUCCAACUCUUACCUGGCAGUACUUUGGCAGUGCAACGGGCUUCUUUAGGCUAUAUCCAGGGAUCCAGUGGACUCCAGAUGAGAAUGGUGUCGUGACCUUUGACUGUAGGAACAGGAACUGGUACAUUCAAGCAGCCACAUCGCCCAAGGAUGUGAUAAUAGUGGUGGAUGUUAGUGGCAGUAUGAAGGGACUUAGACUGACCAUAGCCAAACACACCAUUAAUACAAUACUGGACACACUGGGGGAAAAUGACUUUGUCAACAUCAUCGCUUACAGUGACUACGUUAGCUAUGUGGAGCCUUGCUUCAAGGGCACACUGGUACAAGCUGAUCUGGAUAACAGAGAGCAUUUUAAGCUUUUGGUUGAGGAGCUCCAUGUUAAAGGAGAGGGAAAAGUGAAAAAGGCCAUGAAGGAAUCUUUCAAGAUUCUCAAUGAGGCUGCAGCACGGGGCCAGGGCAGUUUGUGUAACCAGGCUAUCAUGCUGAUAACAGAUGGGGCCAUGGAGGACUUCCAGGAUGUUUUCGAAGAAUUCAACUGGCCAGAGCGACGGGUGCGGGUGUUCACGUAUCUGAUUGGACGAGAGAUGACAUUCGUUGACAAUGUCAAAUGGAUCGCCUGCAACAACAAAGGUUACUACACACACAUCUCCACACUGGCUGACGUCCAGGAGAAUGUUAUGGAAUACCUCCAUGUCCUUAGCCGGCCAAUGGUCAUCAACCACGACCACGACAUUAUCUGGACCGAGGCCUAUAUGGACAGUGUGUUCCCAAGAACCCGAGAGUUAUUCAACAGCCAGGCCCAGAGCUUGCUUUUGAUGACAUCAGUGGCCAUGCCUGUCUUCAGCAAGAAGAAAGAGACCUUAUCUCAUGGGAUUCUGCUUGGUGUGGUAGGGACAGAUGUGGCUCUGAGAGAGCUGAUGAGAUUAGCUCCAAGAUACAAGCUGGGUAUCCAUGGUUAUGCCUUCCUUAACACCAACAACGGCUACAUCCUGUCCCACCCUGAGCUACGACCUCUGUAUAAAGAGGGUAAGAAGUUGAAGCCCAAACCCAACUAUAACAGUGUUGAUCUCGCAGAGGUGGAAUGGGAAGACACAGAGGAGACACUGAGGACGGCCAUGGUGAAAGGAGAAACUGGGACACUAUCGUUAGAUGUGAGAGCAUCUGUGGAUAAAGGGAGGAGAGUGAUGUUUCUGAAGAACGACUAUUUCUACACCGUCAUCAAUGAGACGCCGUUCAGGUCUUCUGGUGUAGUGCUAACUAGAGGAUAUGGAGAGUAUAUCUUCAUAGGCAACGUCUCUGUGGAGGAAGCUCCUUAA